AUGAUUGCAUAUCUCUUUGACAAGUCUUUCAAAAAGCAGCUAAAAUUCAGAGACUUCACACACCGCUACAAGGAGGUCACCGUUACUUUGGAAUUGGUCAACCCAGAACAACAAACAUGUGAAGCUUCUGUGUCCCCAGCAAACCAGAGGUGGUUGGAGUCUACUUGCCACAGACUGCCUGCAGUCAUUUCCAUUCCACAAUUCCCACAAGAUGUCCAGAGCCGCUUAGAUGCUAAAGAAUCGGUCCACAAGAAACAAAAGUACCGUAACAAAAUAAUUGUGACUCUGUAUGACAUGCUGUCACAGUGUACAAUGUAUCCAACCAACUCGGACUACGUUCAGGUCGUUAAAGCGUUCAUUGGGAAGUACCCUUUCUUAAGGGAUGUACACGGGAAUGGUUAUCAUACCUGGCACAGCCAACUCAAGAGAAAAUUCAAAACAGAACGGGCUCCACUAAUCAACAAUGAGGAAGUAAAACGGGUCAAAGAAAAGUUUCGGCAAGCAAGAUCACUGAAGACCCCAGAAGAAUCUACAUCCACAUGUCCAAAACGACUGAAGCCAUCUCUAGAAUCAUGCAUUGUGGGGGAGGAUGCAACCUCUGUUGAGGCUCAUAUCAAGGUACUGCUUGAGCAAUACAGAAAGUUGCAGCCUGACAUGAAUCUGGUGAAAGACCGCAUGAUGAAAACCUUUGCAUGGAGACGCCGAGAAAUAGCAAAAGGAAUGUCAACUGAAGAUCUGUUGAGGAGAUAUCCAUUCCUAAGAACAUCCGCUGGGUUGUGCGAUGAGGUUGAUGCCAUGCACCCCUCUCCAGUCAACAUAUGCCACCGCAUCAGUGAGAACUUCACAUCUAUUCUCCCAAAUAUGCUGAAACUUGUCAAGGAUUCGCCACUGAAAAAACUAUACAUGGAAGCAAGAGAGGAUGCCUUGGCUGAGGAUAUUAAAAGACAGUGCCAGAGUGUGGUCAAUGUCGAGGGAAUUGAGGUCUGUUCUUGCACUUCGGUGGAUGAGGCCUUCAUUGCAGCCUUCUGCAUGUACUUUGUCUUCAACAUGGCAUAUCCUGGAUACUUGAAGAAGACACUGACCUUUCUCCAGAGGCUCAUCGCAAACAUCACGGGGGAUGGAGACAAAUCCCUGCCGGUGACUGUAACUCAAAUUGUCAACCUUCUUCACUGA